AAACAACUGUUUUCAAGGUCAAGUUUGUAUUUUUAAUUUCAAAUUUUAACUGAAAGUUAAGAUAUGUAAUUUAAUAAUUGUUUAAAGUUUACGUACUGUCAACUUACGGUUAUAUUCAAAUUGAUAGCAAAAUAAUCAUUUUUCAGUUUUAUAAUAGUUUUUAACAAUCAUGUCAACAGCUGGAAAUGUUCAGCAAUUACAACAAGAUUUACAAAACGAACUUACUACUGCAAAUCAACUCUUAAGGCUUAUAUCAUUAGAGGUGCAGAAAAUUAAAAAUUUGACUAAUCCAGGUGGCGAGUUUGAGGAGAACAUAAAACAAAAUGUCUCAACAAUAGCAAGUCUUGCAAAUAUUCAGCAGAUAAAUAUAACAAACUUGCCUCCGGUAAAACACCUUCAACUAGAUUUAAGCCAACAUACAAAUCAGAAUAUGUCUUAUGAACAGCAUGACAGUUUUAGGAACAGUAUGGAUGAAUCUCAAUAAUUAGGACUAAGAAUUACAAUGAUUUGUGAAUAUAUUAGCUGUAAAAGCAGUGUUAAGUACAAUAUUAUUUUUUAUUCAAUUGGUGAAAAAAUUAAUGUUGUGAAUAAAUAUUUAAUUUCUAUAUUGAAUGUUGGAAUUCUCAGUUUUUGGUUGAUUUGAUUUGGAUUUUGUGAUUGAAAGUGUAGAAUAAAGCCUUUUUUUAAUGUCA